AUGACUGGCCUUCUCCAAUCAUUAUGGAUACUCAUAUCUGUUACAAGGCUGACGGGUAUUCCAGCCUAUGCCCUUGCCAUUGAUUGCAAUGGAAAUUUUAACAUCACCAAAGAAAGCGACGCUAAGGACUUGCGAGAAAACUGCAAGAUAGUUGGCGGCGACUUGAUAUUUGGAAGUAAUAUUAGCGAGAACAUCAAUCUAGAUGGCGUUGAGGAAGUUCGGGGUGACUGGAAGCACAACCCCCGCCGCGACGGCCAAGUCCUUACACUGUUCAAUAUCAGCAGCUCUACCUUGAAGCUUAUUGAUGGAAAUUUCAGACUAAUAGGGCCCAUUGGACUUGAGAGGUUAAUUCUGCCGAAUGUUGGAAAUAUUUCCGAGGCAGUUUCCUUUGUCUCGAUGGCACAUCUCACCCAUAUUGACUUCACAAAUCUGGAGUACUUUCGUUACCUGUGGCUAGAGGCCCCGAAGCUACAAGAGUUCAAAAUCGACGAGCUGAAAGGGUUUACCAGAAACUAUGCCGGUUGGAUAACCAUAUACGACGGGGGCAGUGUUGAAAGUCUUGACGGACUUUUCAAAGGCCCUAUUGCACCCACAAAUGAAGCACAAUUGCCGAACAUCACAAUUGAAAACAUACCCAACGUUAAACAACUCACUUUGGGCUGGAAGAAUAUAUUCAGUGCGCAAAUCAGUGGCCAGUUGAAGUAUCGAUAUUGGAGCCCCCCUCCCAACAUUACCCUUAUUCUUGGCGGCCCUGAUUCAGAAACAGUCUAUAUCAACGAGCUGGAGACUAGAGAAGGCAUUAUUGGAAUUGAGCGAGGAUCCAAGACAACCAACCUCUCGAUUGGGAGUUUUAAGUCGAUGAAUGAUAUGAUUACGGAUCUGCGACUUCCAUUUGACCAGGUCUCUAAUGUUACUAUUCGGGGAGAUAAUAUGACCUCCCUGGAACUCCCGAAAGAAGCUGAGCAGUGGAACGAUGUGAGCAUCUCAAUUGCGCUGGUGCGUAAGCUCCGUUUUGAGUCUCCGGUCAAUGCAGAAGGAAGACAGACGUGGUACUGGCCCAAUCAAACCAUGUCCAGCUUCUUCUUUUUGGGGGAUGUGUCAACCAACUUUUUGUAA